GGAAAACAAGAGUGCUGCUUUUGUAUUUCAGGAGAUAUAUUCUUUCUCAAUAUAAUUUGUCUUUCAAGAACUUUUCACUAAUGUUUCAGCUCCAUUCAAUUUAUAGCUUGAUCCCGUUGUCUAUUCUUUGCUCCGAUCAUUUUAAGACCUCAUCCUCUUUUCAUUUUUUCCCCACAUCUUUGAAUUUUUUUUCUAAUCAAACAAUCGUUGCAAUUAUCGAUAGUUUUUAGUUGCGGUCUGUGAUUAAUUUCUAUGUCUAAGCUAGAUCUUUGUUGGAUCCUUCACCAGCGUUCUCGUAUUACUGUGCUCUUUAACCACCUGGUGCGUACCUUACAGUAACAGUUACGAGAACGACCAAGCAAGCAUGUUCGGUCUCAUUCUCGGGAGCAAGCAAGAAGGGAAAGGAGGAAAGGCGGGGCGUUUGACGAGCAAGGAAGAAAUGUCCAGGGCGGCGGCUCCCUCCGCCAGUGCUACCCCCAGAGAUCAUGCCGGGUCUUCCUCGGUCUUCCCUUUCGCUCCUCCUGCAGGGGGUGUGAUGACUCCUCGUCUAGGUGGAUCUACUGCAGCUUCCGAGAUUGAUACUCCAAGAACGGCACGUCCUGGACCAGGAGAGGUGAUCUAUUGCUUUCGGUGCAAACACAUCAUUAACACAGAUGAAGUGGAACACAUCGUGCACGAAAAUGGACAUUAUUUUCAUCGCGGAUGUUUCCG